CACGCCGGCCAGUAACGACCUCGGCAGCAUUCCCGUUCUAGCAAUCUUCUGCCAUACACACGUUCACAUACGCGCGCGCGCGUACGCACACACACACACACACAGGCACACACACACACACACACACACACACACACACACACACACACACACACACAAAACUUUGUCUAUCAUUAUACGAAUAUUUACAAGUGAUUUCAAUAAUUUAAUUUGUAAAUUGAUUGUCAGUGAUACUCUGUCAGUGAUACUGUGUAGUACUUUGAAAAAGCCAGUGCAAUUUUGAAAGAUUGAUCUUAUCGGUUUUGUUCGAAUUAAGCAGUGACUGCAGAGAAAGGGAACAAUUUGUACAGCCGUCGACAUGGAGAAAAUCGCGAUACUAAAGAUUGGGACUUUUUUUCUGCUUGUGAUAGUCUACAACGGCAGUAAUGCCGAGGAUGACACAGUCGUCAUUGAUGCUCUUGCAGCAGGCGAUCGAAUUCCGUCGCGGCAAGGUCGUCAAAUUGUCAACCAACGCGCAGGCCCGUGUCUUACCUCGAAAGGCGCCGUAGGCAAAUGUACGACAUUCAAAGAAUGCUACCCAUACUUUAAGAUACCUGACCUGGGAGCCCUCGACGGAUGGGUUCUUGGUAUCUACGAUACCUGUAGCUACACACAAGAAGACGGACGAUCGAGCUUCGGCAUUUGCUGCGCCGAUCCACCAAUUUUGCCAACCGAUAAUCAGCCUGCUGAUGAAGUCGGCGGCCCGCUAACUGAGGCAGCAUCCGAUGAUUUUCCCGACAAAGGACAAGCAGCAGAUGGCGGUCGGCUACCCGCGGGAGAGAGCGGAGGCUGGCCGCCGCCGCUGCCGACUCACCCGCCACACCAUACCAUCCCGCCGCUACCGACGCACGCGCCCGCUGUCGAGCCCUCGAAGCCGAGCAAACUACCGACCCUGCCCACCACUCAGCGUCCUCUAGCCACCACCUGGCCGACCAAGAAACCCGGCGGCGUCUACCCCACUCGCCCGCCUGUGCCCGCGGCUCCAGCUACAACCAGCAGCACGCAGCACGUGCCGCCGGCGUUUAGUGCUGGCGCUUGCGGCGCCAAAAACGGCAACCAAGCCGCCCCCCUCGACGACGGCAGAAUCGUCGGUGGCGUGACCACACAGCAAGGCGAGUGGCCCUGGAUCGCGGGGCUCUUCAACGCUGGCAGGCACAUCUGCGGAGGUUCGCUCAUCGACGAUACGCACAUCCUUACCGCCGCCCACUGCGUCGCUCAGAUGAACUCUUGGGACGUGGCCCGUCUGACGGUGAGACUCGGCGACUACGACAUUAAGACUCCGCACGAGGUGCGCCACGUUGAGAAACGAGUCAAGCGAGUGGUUCGUCACCGAGGCUUCGAUAUGCGCACACUUUAUAACGACGUGGCCAUUCUCACCCUCAACGAACCGGUCGAAUUCACCGAAACGAUCAGGCCAGUGUGCCUACCUUCGGGCGCUAAUCUCUAUGUUGGCAAUAAGGCUACCGUCAUCGGUUGGGGCUCUCUCAGAGAGGGUGGCCCAGCGCCGGGCAAACUGCAACAAGUGACCAUUCCAAUUUGGUCCAACACUGUCUGUAAGCAGAAGUACGGAGGUGCAGCACCAGGCGGAAUAGUCGACAGCUUCCUUUGCGCGGGAGAGGCCGCGAGGGACUCUUGCUCCGGUGACAGCGGUGGCCCUUUGAUGGUAAACGAUGGUCGUUGGACACAAGUUGGUAUAGUUAGCUGGGGAAUCGGUUGUGGUAAAGGUCAGUACCCGGGAGUGUACACACGGGUCACACACUUUCUGCCCUGGAUCUACAAAAAUCUCAAGUAAUCCACCUCUAUAACGAAUCAAUUUCAAAUGCUUAAACAACAGUUCCGGUGUAUAAUGUAGCAUUUACGCAACAUCAAUUCUUGCGAAUGUACUAUAGCUAAUUCAAAAAUAUAAAUUU